AUGAACUUCUGGGCAGGUGUUGAAACCUACCAGGUCCUGUCCAUCGCCACAGAAGAGCAUGUUGACAUCCUCUUCCUUGCGAUUGUACUAAUUUCAAGCAAGGGCACAUUGCCUCUUCAAUGGAGCCUGACGACUGCUGCUGCUGGACAUUGUCUUACUCUAGGCUACCAUCGGGAAAAGAGGCUUUUGCAACUUCAAAACCCCAAGGCGGAGAGAGCACGAAGAACCUUCUGGCACAUCUACAUGGCAGACAAGAACCUUUCGCAACGCUUGGGCCGAGCCUCUACUAUCCAGGAUUGGGACGUUGAUGCACAGCCUUGCCCGAUAUCCAGUGACCCCGGGCAAGCCCCAUGGGAUUUGACUUUAACGUCAUUGAUUGAAAUGAGUCGAAUACAAGCUCAGAUUUACGAGAAACUCUACUCACCCCAGGCAAAAGCACACGGCAUCGAGGAAAGACUAGUGGAAACCGACAAGCUUGAUUCGGAUCUCCGUCAAUGGUACAGUGAAUGGGUUCAGAUAGAAAGCUCCGCUGCCUACGGUAAAGAUCGUUUUGACAUGACCUUCUCUCCAGUCGACAUCAUGUAUCACUCUUUGCUCACCCUUAUACAAUGGAACGCCAAUUCUUCGGAUUCUGCAAGGGACAUCUCAGAGGCAUGCUAUGAAGCAGCACACGGAAUGCUUCGGGCCCAUCUUACGCACUACAGUCGGCUGAUUGCUUCGGGUAACGAGGCCUCAGCGAUCUAUGCGAUCUGGGUUCUCCAUGCCACGUCCUUCACACCGUAUGUGGCUGUCUUUCUGCAUUGCAUUGCUAACCUGGAUCACGAUGAUCUCAGGCUUCUUCAGGACGUGUUAUACACGCUUGAAACCAUCGGGCCGGAUCUUGAAUUCUCCAACAAGUUAUUCAAGCUCUGCAAAGCCCUCUGCCGAAUCGCCGAAGCCUUUCUGACAGAUCAGGCCCCUUUGACAAAUGCCGUCUCAGACGCGUCAAACUCAGCCCACCCAACGCGGCACGACACAUUGCCAGAUACUUGGGCGUGGCUGGGCUCACAAAUCACGGAUCCGGAUGGUCUCAUAGAUCUUGACUUGGGCAAUCUAGAUGAAAUCUUUUUUAGCCAUAACUUCUAA